AUGGGGACUCGAAUAAAGCAAUCUCUCCAUGAUCGUCGGAAAGGGGAGCUUGCUCUCUCUGACUUUGCCGAUUAUGUGGACAAACAGCAGGCACAAUCUCGUGUCAAGCGCACCGAGUCGGUCUAUAGCGAUAGCGGCUACUCUACUGCCACGAUAUCAUCUGCCAAUGAAGAUCAUGCAGAGCUCGACAUCUUGGAUCAACUCGGCUUGUCCGAUAACCCGAGCCAAGUCAAACUGAAGCACUGGUUACUUGACUCUUCACCCGAUGCCAGUGUAACAUUGCACCAACUUUCUGGUCUUGUUCAGUCUCGACUAGAUGAAGGCCAUGGAGAGACUCUAUUCGAUUUGGGCUUGGAAGACAACGGCGAAACCAUGGCGUUCACGAGAGAGAAUUGGAACCUCGCGUUAGCAAGGGUGACCGAGGCUGCUUCAUCUCUCAACGCUGCUGUCCGUGUGCUUUUAACAUACAAUGUAGGUGGUGACAUUGAAAUCACCACGAAGAACCCCAAGGAUCCAUUCUGCCACGGGAAACUUCUCAUUCGACAGACUCCAGCGACUGCAGAGGAAGUCAUUGAGACCCGCAUAGCGGUCGUCGGGAAUGUCGAUGCAGGAAAGUCCACCAUGCUAGGUGUUCUUGUCAAAGGCAACCUUGAUGAUGGUCGUGGCAAGGCCCGAGUCAAUCUCUUUCGUCACAAACACGAGAUUGAGUCUGGCCGAACCUCAUCUGUGGGCAUGGAGAUUAUGGGCUUUGAUACUCAUGGGGAGGUCGUAAGUUCCAAUGUCCCUGGCCGAAAGCUUACCUGGGGCGAGAUUGGCACUCGUUCGGCUAAAGUCAUCUCGUUCACUGACCUUGCUGGUCAUGAGAGAUACCUGAGAACCACUGUCUUUGGUCUACUCUCAUCUGCACCAAACUACUGCUUGCUCAUGGUCGCAGCAAACAAUGGCUUGAUAGGUAUGAGCAAGGAGCAUCUGGGUAUCGCUCUUGCUUUGAACGUGCCAGUUAUGGUUGUCAUCACCAAGAUCGAUAUCUGUCCGCCUCAAAUUCUAGAACAGACCAUCACUCAACUCACCAAAAUCCUCAAAUCUCCUGGAGCUCGUAAAAUCCCCAUCUUUAUCAAGACUCAUGAAGAAACAGUCAUGACUGCAACUCAAUUCGUUUCACAGCGGAUAUGCCCGAUCUUCCAAGUCUCCAAUGUCACCGGCGAAUGUCUUGACCUGGUACGCACCUUCCUGAACAUUCUACCUCACCAUGGACAUUAUGAUAGCCAGGCCCCUUUCGAGUUCCACAUCAAUGACACUUUUUCCGUUCCAUUCGUCGGAACAGUUGUAUCUGGAGUGGUCAAGUCAGGCGUGAUCCAUGCUGGCGACUCGGUCUUGGUUGGUCCAGACUCCUUGGGACAAUUUCAGACCACAAAUAUCCGGUCAAUCGAGCGCAAGAGGAUCCAAGUCCCAGCAUGUAGCGCUGGACAGUCCGCUUCGUUCGCACUGAAGCGAAUCCGACGGAAAGAAGUUCGAAAAGGAAUGGUUGUACUGCCAAAGCUUGAGACCGUCACACCAAAGGUGUAUCGGGAGUUUGUUGCUGAAGUUCUCAUCCUCUCUCACGCCACAACCAUUCGUCCGAAGUACCAAGCGAUGCUUCAUGUUGGUCCUGUCAGCCAGACUUGUGCGAUAAUAGACAUUGAUCGCGAGUUCAUACGGACUGGAGACCGGGCUACUGUGGCAUUCCGCUUUGUACAGCGUCCAGAAUUUCUCGCGGUGGGUGAACGAAUAUUGUUUCGUGAAGGACGGACUAAAGGACUGGGAAUCGUGAAAUCCUUGGGUUAUGAGGAAGGCUCUAUAACUAAGCAGCCGGAAGCGCAAGAGAAUGCUGAUGGAGACAAGAGCAAGGGAAAGUCAAAGGCUGAAGAGACGGCGCCGAACGUGGUCUCAACUGGCAAGGCGAAACAGUGA